UUGCAGAUCAUCGUCCUUUAACUUCGACCUCCUCGUUAAGUUUGAUGCACCUCUUCUUCAUCCUCCCUUCCACCGGGUUUCUUGGCUGGCAGCUGCGCGCCAUGAACUCCACUCUGUUCAUCAUCGGCGUCAUAGGGAACAUCAUCUCGGUUCUGGUCUUCGUUUCUCCCAUCCCGACAUUCUGGAGGAUUGUGAGGAGCAGGUCGACGGAGGACUUCGAGGCGGCGCCAUACGUCCUCACCUUGCUCAACACACUGCUAUGGCUCUACUAUGGCCUCACCAAGCCCGAUGGCCUGCUCAUCGCCACUGUCAACGGCUUCGGAGCUGUCAUGGAGACUAUCUACAUCGCGCUUUUCCUCAUCUACGCCGUCGACAAUGCCAAAAGGGUUAAAACUGCGAAGUUGGUGGCAGUUUUGGACAUCGGUUUUUUCGGGGUUGUGUUCGCGGCCACAACAUUCGCCAUUGGAGGGCUUGACAUGAAAAUCAUGGUUAUUGGAUUGAUAUGUGCUUGCCUUAGCGUGUUCAUGUACGGGUCCCCACUCACUGCCGUGAGAACGGUGAUCGCCUCAAGGAGCGUGGAGUACAUGCCCUUCUUCCUCUCAUUCUUCCUCUUCCUCAAUGGAGGAGUCUGGGCCACGUAUGCCAUACUCGACAAAGAUGUCUUCCUUGGGGUCCCUAAUGGAAUAGGCUGCUUCUUGGGCGGCAUCCAGCUGGUUAUCUAUGCAAUAUACAGGAACAGUAAGGUCGGCUCUCAGUCUCAUGACAGUGACGAAGCAGCAUAUGAUGCUUCGGCUUCUCUUCUGUCCUCUGAGGCCGGCAGACAUGGCCAGAAUGAUGUAUCCGCCCGUGUUUAGUGAAUUUGGACGACGUGCUAAAAUAUACUGCUGUAGUGAUUGUGUAAAAUUAUGUGAUGUUUUGUAGAGUGAAAUCCAUUUUUUACCACUCUACUUGAUAUUUGUAAAGCUAGCUAGCUAUCCAUUUAUCAGUUUUCAUCGGAUUACCCUGUUUAACAAAAGUUUCGCAAGUUUGUAUCCCAAUUAGCGAAAGUUUUGUCA